AAGUAGCCGUUUUAAGUGCGGUAUUCCCCUCUCUUUAUCCUCUCCUUCAUAGUUCCUUUGUAAUGCUCAAGAAAAAAGAAAGAAAAAAGUAGAGUGAACAACUAAUAGCCAGUAUUCCCGCAUUCCGCUCCCAAGCUUCAGCAUCGAACAAAAAGCACUCUUCAUCCAUUCGAAAAAAAAAAAGAAAAAAAAGAAAGAAGCAAUCAGCGGGAUUAAAAAUGUCCAGCAACAACUCAACACAGACGGUCAAUGUUCAGAAGCAUUCUAGUGAAAAGAAGUGUGAAGCCAUUACGAUCGACAAACCAGGGGUAGCACGGCCGCCCCAAGAGCUUCAACCGACCAAACUAAACAGGCAAGACGAAGACGACGGUAUGCAGACAUUCAGCCAUGACAAGCUAUCGUCGAUCCAGCAAAAAAUGUCGCCUCUGAUGCUAUAUGUGGUCUCUGUCGCUCAAUUUAUCGAUAUCAUGAAUGGUUCGGCCAUGACUGUAGCGCUCGUUGAUAUCUCCAAGACUCUCAGCUUUGACAGCUUCAACACUCAGUGGAUUAUCAGCUCCUAUAUUGUCACCUUUGGAGGGUUCCUCUUACUUGCAGGUCGAGUCGGAGACAUGUACGGCCACCGUAAUGUCUUCCUCGUUGGCCAAAUCUGGUUCGGAGUUUUUUCCCUCAUCGUCUCGUUCUCGACCAACCCAGCCAUGUUCUGUGUCACCCGCGCUCUUCAGGGCAUCGGCGCCAGCAUGAGUGUCCCCACAGCCCUCGGCCUCAUCACCACAACCUUUCCUGCAGGACCCAGGCGUACGAGUGCGCUCUCGAUCUUUGGUGGUUUCGGUGCCGCCGGUGCCGUGGUCGGUCUCCUCCUGGCAGGCGCCUUGAUCUCGUCCAUGAGCUGGCACUGGAUCUUUCGGUUCUCGUCCAUCUUUUCGUUUGUGCUCUUCAUGCUUGGAUUCUUGGCUAUUCCCACAAGUCCGUUGAAGCUGAAUCAGCCCCGGAUCGACGUCGCGGGCGCGUUGACGGCCACGUCAAGUCUGAUCUGCAUCAUCUAUUACAUCUCCACGGGCUCGGGCUAUGGCUGGGCGUCUGUCCAGACCCUGCCUGUCCUGGCGGCGGGUUUGGUACUGUUGGGGUUGUUUGUCUGGAUCGAAAUGCGUCUAGUCAAGAAUCCGAUCAUGCCGUUCCGGAUCUGGCGACUCAAGAAUUUCUCAUCGGCGUUUGUGGCGAUUCUGUUCCUGCAGGGUCAGUUCCAGGGAUUCUGCUACUUUGCGACGUUGAUCUUCCAGAACGUGAUGGGGUACACCUCCAUGCAGACGUCGCUCGCGUUCUUGGCUCAUAGUAUCGCGGCCAUUAUCGCGUUCACGGUCCUGGGAAAGGUCCUACCAAGGUACCGUCUGAAGCCCUUUAUCCUGACCGGAUUCGUGUUCCGCUGUGCGGCCGCCGUCAUGUUUGGGUUUGUCACCACAAAGACUUCGUACUGGACAUUGCCGUUCCUGGGCUUGCUAGUACAUGUCGUUGGCUUGGGAACGUCGAUCCUACCGGCCCAGAUCACGGCGCUGAAGGAUGCGAAGAACGAGGACCAAGGUGUUGUCGGCGCUCUGUAUUCGACAGGUAUGCAGCUAGGUGCACCCCUCGGAUUGGCGAUUGUCACGGCCAUUUCGGAGAACUCUGUGGAUCUGAAGGGCGAGGCUGCGUCUGUGGAUCUGUUGAUGGAGAGUUAUCGUAAUGGUCUGUUUGGCGUUGCGGGCCUGGGUGUUCUGGGAAUUCUCGUUUCCAUGUUGUUGAUCCCCAAUUCGCCUGCAGCUCCCCCCGCGACUCCUAUGCCGGACCCUGCAGCGGCGCUCGAGAUUGCGCCCACACCUGCUCCUAUUGUGACAGAUGCGGACGCAGAGGCGACCGAGGAGGAUGACGAGAUAGAACAAGGGAGAGCACAUAGGGAGAAGUCGGAGGUUUAAGGAUUUCUUUUCAUACAUAGAUUUAU